AUGGCCCUGCUGCUGCUGCUGUUGGCGCUCGGCGCGGUGCAAGCCGCCGAUGCCGUGCCGCCGCCGUCCCUGCAGCUGCAGCUCGGCUUCUACGCGCGGUCGUGCCCCCGCGCCGAGGCCAUCGUCCGCCGCGUCGUUCGCCGCCGCGCCGCCCGCGACCGCUCCGUCCUCCCCGCGCUCAUCCGCCUGCACUUCCACGACUGCUUCGUCAGGGGAUGCGAUGGCUCGGUGCUCAUCGACAGCACGCCCGGCCACCCGCCGGCCGAGAAGGAUGCCCCGCCGAACCUGACGCUGAGGAUGCUCGACGUGAUCGACGACGUCAAGGCGGCCGUCGAGGAGGCGUGCCCGGGCGUCGUGUCGUGCGCCGACGUCGUCGCGCUGGCCGCCAGGGACGCCGCGGCCAUGGCGGGGAGGGUGCGCUACGACCUGCCCACGGGGAGAAGGGACGGCACCGUGUCCAGCGCCGCCGAGGUGAACCUGCCGAGCCCCUCCGUGUCCUUCUCCGAAGCUCUGUCCGCCUUCCGCUCCAUUGGCCUCGGGGUCGUUGAUCUCACCACCUUGCUAGGUCGUUCGCACACCAUGGGGUUCUGCCACUGCGGGCUCAUCAUGAACAGGCUCUACAACUACAACAGCACCAACCCGUUCGACCCGUCCAUGGACGCCGGCCUGCUCGCCGUGCUCCGGCGCCGGUGUCCGCCGCACGUGGUUACGCCGCAGAACGAGUCGCGCGACGUGAUCGUGCCCAUGAACUUCGUCGCGCCGCUCGGCCCCUUCGGCCUCGACAACUCCUUCUACCCGAGCGUGCUCGCCGGGAGGGCCGUCCUGCAGAUCGACCAGGAGCUCGCGUCAUCCGGCGUCGCCCGCCGGAUCGCGGCCAUGUUCGCGUCGCGGCCGGGGAAUUUCCGGAGGCAGUUCGCCAAGUCCAUGGUGAAGCUUGGGGGCGUGAACGUCGUGACGGGGAGGCAAGGGGAGGUCAGGCUCAACUGUCGACGGUUCAACAGCUGA